GGGGAAGCCAGAAGAGAACAAACACGUACAGUAUCCAGCGCAUUCUAGCACUCACCGCCACAAGCCACCCCAAUCCCGCCGCUCUUCCGUCAUAUUCACUCCCAAUAAACACCGUAAUCCCAGCUGCUCUUCCUGGAGCUUCCUGUAGAUUCCGUUCACUCGCCUUGGAAUUGCCCUUCUCAAGCUUCUACUAAACGUCGCCGUUUUCUCUCCGCCGAUUGAUGAUCGGAUCUUGAUUCAUACCCCAUAGAGCCACAGAGACAGUUUGGUCGAGGUUUUGUUGGGAGAGAAAGGGACAAACAGUCGUGUCAUGUUUGGGCAUUCUCGUGUUUCGUCAUCAAUUUAUAAGAGAAUGACAUCAAGGGAUUACACGGAUGCUGAUAACGUUGAAGCUGAUAAGGAUGAUGAUUUAGGCUUCAUUGAAGAUGGUGCUCAACAAGAGAUAUCAAAUCCCUCUUGGAAAUGUUCAUUCCCGCAUGUGCUUGUGGCAACAAUAGUUUCAUUCUUGUUUGGCUAUCAUCUUGGUGUAGUUAAUGAGCCACUUGAAAGUAUUUCUAUUGAUCUUGGAUUCAACGGGAAUACACUCGCAGAAGGUCUGGUGGUCAGUACUUGCCUGGCUGGUGCUUUCUUUGGAUCUCUGUUCAGUGGUUGGAUUGCUGAUGGGGUUGGGCGACGUAGGGCUUUUCAGUUGUGUUCUUUACCCAUGCUUAUUGGUGCUUUACUAUGUGCAACAACUAAAACCUUAGCAGGUAUGCUCCUAGGGAGGCUUUUGGUUGGAAUAGGAUUAGGUAUCGGUCCGCCUGUUGCUUCUUUGUACAUAGCAGAGGUAUCUCCUUCUCAUGUAAGGGGUACUUUUGGGAGUUCCAUCCAAAUAGCAACGUGUCUUGGACUGAUGGCGGCUUUUGUUGUAGGGGUCCCAGUUAAGAGCAUAAUGGGCUGGUGGCGUAUAUGCUUUUGGGUGUCUUUAAUUCCUGCUGCAGUGCUUGCAUUUGGGAUGAUUUUUUGUGCAGAAUCCCCGCACUGGCUUUAUAAGCAAGGUAGGCUCACUGAAGCUGAAACUGAGUUUGAAAGGCUACUGGGAACUUCCCACGUUAGAACUGCAAUGUUGGAGCUGUCCAAGUUGGAUAGAGGGGAUGAGCAUGAAACUAUCCAACUCUCGGAACUGAUUUAUGGCCGGCAUUCCAGAGACAUGCUGGAGUAUCCUCAAACCUGGCAAAUAUUUUCAUAGGAAUUGCAAACUUAAUAGGCUCAAUUUUCGCAUUGAUUUUGAUGGACAGAUUAGGAAGGAGAGGUCUCCUUCUAUGGAGCUUUUUGGGCAUGGCUGUAUCAAUGGGACUUCAAGUUUUUGCUUCAACUAUUGCCUCAAGCUAUGCUGGUUUUAUCCUUUCUGUUGGUGGAAUGCUAUCUUUUGUCCUGGCAUUUGCCCUUGGUGCUGGUCCAGUACCCGGUCUCCUCCUGCCCGAAAUACUCCCCGGACGAAUUAGGGCAAAAGCCAUGGCAUUUUGCAUGUCAGUUCAUUGGGUGUUCAACUUCCUCGUGGGCUUGCUGUUUCUGCGCUUGCUUGAGAAACUUGGACCUCAGUUAUUGUACAGUAUGUUUGGGACCUUCUGUGUGAUGGCCGUCGGUUUUGUGAAGAGGAAUGUGAUGGAAACCAAAGGCAAAUCACUCCAAGAGAUUGAGAUUGCUCUUCUCCCCCAAGAAUAGAUUGAGACAGCCUUCAAGCUGCUGCCCCUGCUUCCAGGGGAAGAUGUUUUACCUCACUUGCAAAAGAUUAUGGCUUGGAAAUCAAAACACAGUAUGUUGUGUGCACCUUGAUUCCAAUUAUCAUAAGCAAUCAAUAUUAUCUCAUGUACUUAUAACAUUACUAGUACUUGUAUUUAAAUGUAAUACUUCCUCUGUCCUUAGGUAAAAUUCCCGGUUACUAUUACAGAAACCUUUUGUUUACUCAUAAGCAUUUACAUUUGAUAAAAUAAUACAGUUCCACGAUU